AUGGCAACCAAGUUUGUCGUUGAGGGUCUGACGAGCUUUCGCACGGCCAUUGAAUUGGGUCUAUCAAAUACGAUGUCCUCCUCCACAAGUCAAGCCGUUGUCACUCGCGGCGGGUCGGUGAAUUCGGCAGAGAAGGUUGGAACUCCGUCAUGGAAGACUAUUCUUGCGCUCGCAGUUGCGGGAGUCGCGAUUGGUGCGGGGGCCUGGUAUGUCCUGAACGCAUCCGGCACCCCAAAGAAGCCCAAGCGUCCUUCCACUGGUGGAAAGAAGAGGACCAAAACUAAGAAGGAGGCGCAAGUUGAGGAGGGAAACGAAGCAAAGCGGUCGAGCGAGAAGACUCUUCCAGCAGAAAGUAAGACGUCCGUUCUCCCCGAAUCUGAACCGACGAGUUAUCCCGAAAACCUCUUUCCCGCAGACGUAGAGUCGCUAUCGCAGGGGGCACGAGCAGAGCUAGCCAAAUCGGCAAAGACCCUUGGCAACAAGUACUAUGGAGAAAAGAAGUACAAGGAGGCUAUUGACCUAUAUACGCAGGCAAUCAUUCUUCAACCCGACGCAGUGUUUUACAGCAACCGAGCAGCUUGCUACGCAAACUUGAAUGACUACGAUAAAGUUGUUGAGGAUUGUACAGAAGCGUUGAAAUUGGAUCCCAACUAUAUCAAGGCACUCAACCGAAGAGCUCAAGCGUACGAGAACGAAGAUCGAUGGGUGGAUGCUCUAAAUGACUACACUGUUAUGUGCGUUCUUGAGGAAUUCAAAAAUGACGCAGUUCUUAGCUCUACCGAUCGCGUUCUGAAGACAUUGGCGCAAAACAAAGCCAAAGAAGCCAUAAAGAGCAAAUCCCCCAGGCUCCCGUCGGAUACCUUCAUCGCUGCAUACAUGGACUCUUUCAGGCUGACCAGUAAAGGAACCGGAGCUGUCGUUUCCCAAGCGGUUAUCGAAGAGGGUGAUGCGCACUUGCAGCGGGCAUUCCAAGCUAUAGGCGACCGAAAAUGGGACGUGGCUUAUGAGGCCAGUACCGCUAGUGUCGAAUCCGGAAAAUUGAGCUCCUUCUUUGAACCGCUUGCGUACAACUUACGGGCCACCUUCGCUUUCCUUCGGGGAGACGUUGAAUCUGCCCUGGCGGAUCUGGAGAAAUCACUGGAACUAGAUCCGAAGAACGUGAAUACUAUCAUCAAGCGUGCGUCGCUUUUCAUGGAACGCGCCGAAGUAGAGCAAGCCAUCAAAGAAUACAAUCGAGCUAUCGAGAUUGACCCCAAAGAUCCAGAUGUGUACUAUCACAGUACAGGUCAGAUCCGUGUGUUGACACAAGAUAACUACGGAGCAAUUGAGGAUUAUAAGAAGAGCAUUUCGCUCGAUGACACCUUCGUAUAUGCCCAUAUUCAGCUUGGAGUAGCGCAAUAUAAGCUGGGAGACAUUUCUACCGCGGUUACCACUUUUGAAAAGGCCGCACGAAAGUUCAAAUCUAGUGGGGAGGUGUUUAACUAUCAUGGAGAGAUCCUUUUGGAUACGCAAAGAUUUGACGAAGCCCUGGCAAACUUCGAUAAAGCCAUUGAAAUGAUGCCCAAUUCUCCCUUGCCGUACAUAAACAAAGCUAUACUAUACCUUCAAUGGAAACAGGAUGCAAGCACUGCAGAGGCAGAAUGCCGAAAGGCGAUUGGAGUGGAUCCACUCUGUGAUAUGGCGUACGCACAAUUGGCACAACUCCUUCUCCACCAGGGCAAAUUCGAAGAAUCGCUCGAUGCAUAUGACAAAGCGGCUGAUCUCGCGAGGACGGAACCGGAGCUUGCGAACGCUAUUGCAUUGCGUGAGGCUGCGGCGGCGCAAUUGUACGUAGCAAGGAAUUACCCCGCUGUGAUGGCAAGACUAAGAGGGGGCAUGUAG